UAUGGUCCCGCUCUACUGGGAAGUUCAUCUUCUCUUUUGGACAGCUUGGAUCAGGGCAAAUUCGGCGAAGGUGAGCUAGGCAUCCUUCAAGCACAACAGGACGACCCUCAAAGUGUUAUAGACCUGCCUUUUACGAUCGACAAAGGAUUGCAGUCAGAAGAUGUUUUCAAGUUUGUUUCCAAACUAGCUUCAAAAGCCAACGUUUCCAUCAGUGAAGCCGCACAGAAGGAAGCUACCGAAAUCAUUCAGAACCUAUGGAGCAUUUAUUCACGUUUUGAAGGCGUUUGGUUCACAUUCCAACUAGCUUUUGAUGGAAAAGGUCAAGUGAGCGUUCGAUCACCCUUUUUAGAGUUUGAUGACUUUGGAGUGAAGCGUGUGCCUGAAUUGCAAGACUUGUAUGCUAAUCGAAAACGAGAUGAAAAUUCUGCCAAAGCAGAAGAUGGUGGACUGUUCUAUAUCAAAUUACCCCAAGGAGGCAAUGUUGGUUCGUUCGGAUAUGGAGCGGGAAAUGCAAUGGCAACGAUGGAUGGAUUGGCUUUGGCAGGUGGAAGGCCGGCUAACUUCUUAGACGGAGGCGGUGGUGCCAACAAGCAAAAUGCCAGAUUGGCCAUUGAGACAUUGCAUCGAGAUGACAAUGUGAAAGCAAUCUUUGUGAACACGUUUGGGGGAAUCACACAAACUGAUGUAGUAGCAGAAGGAGUCAUUGAAGCAGUAAAGGAGAACAAUAUCACCAAACCUAUCGUCGUUCGCAUUUUGGGCACAGGAGCUGAAAGAGCAAAACAACUACUUUCUGAAUCGGAUAUUGAUUUUACCAUCAAUGAUGAUUUCAAAGAGGCGGCAAGAUGUGCUGUAGAAAGGGCGAAUCAGUGA